AUGACGAAAUUCGAUGAGAUACCGCACCCGAGCCACCCAGAACACAAGCUGGAGCAGAGUUGGACAGGGAAGCUGUUCAUGUGCAACGGGUGCAAUGAGCCAGGCAUAGGUUCACACUACACGUGUCCCCAAUCCUCAUGCAGCUUUGAUCUCCACGUGCACUGUGCCAUCCCUUUGGGCCUUUUCCACCACCCCUUCCAACGCGGUUGCAGCUUCCAACUCCUCCCAAGCCCACCGGAGAACACUGGCAGCUGCAAUGCAUGCGGGGAGAAAGGAACAGGGUUCGUGUACCAUUGCAAAGGCUGCAAGUCCAACCUCCACCCCUGCUGUGCUAAGCUGCCCAUGAAGCUCGAGGCUGGAGAUGUCAACCUCUAUUUGUAUGAAAAAACCACAAUUCCAAACCUUAACAACAUGAUUCAAAAGUACCAUCAACCUAAAGGGAAGCUGAAGAGGUUCGCUGAGAUUGUCCGGUUGGUUUUGCAGACGGUGAUAUCAACUCUGCUAGGUGAUCCAACGGCUUUGAUUGCUGGAACUGUUAAGUUGCUAUUGACAGAUGAUUGA